GAAUGAAAUAGUUGGAUCUGUCAGUGCCAACUAUCACGCCGUCCCCGACGUACGCGGUGCAUCUCUCUCUCAGAUCUUAUCUGCCAUCGUGCGUCGUCAUGCGUCGUAAGGGAUAGCGAGUGGCCGCGAAAAGACCGCGAUUACUCCGACCUGAAGGUCGUGCACUGUUCAGGGCUCUCGGAAUCGUUCUAAUUCCGAUAUAUUUGAUUCUUAAUAUCGUUCGGAAUAUUACAAAUGCAAAAGGAAACUUUAACUUUCGGUGAUUGCAUCUGUGAAUUAAAACAAUCCGCAAAAAAUAAAAAGAAGAAAUCUUUUGCUCGCACCAUUAAAGACCAAAAAAUAGAAUUAAACUGCAAUGCGAGAGAUACAACUUGGCUGGACUUAACUAUGGAGUGAGAAUGAGAAGGAUUUUUACUUUUUUUUUUUCUUUUUUUUCCCUCUUUCCCCAUGCAAAGCCUAGAUGCGUGCGCUCGUUUUUCCAAUCUAGAAAGGGGUCACGAAGAAGCGUAGCUGGAUAUAGACAUAUCUUUUAAUUCGACCCUGAGCUACUUUUAUAAUCGCUGAAUUAUAGUUGAUGGGGGUUGCUCUAUUCCUGAACUCUCUGAAAUUAAGUCAGUUUCAGUCCUAGCGCGAUAUCUUUCACCGCGAUCUAUCGUUUCCUUUCUCUCUUUUAUUUCUUCCUAAUUUUAGACCACUGUGUGAUCACUCUGGAAAAAUUUCCAUUGGGUGAUAGCACCAGGAGACGACCGAUAAGGAGUAUGAAAUAAUCAACGCGCGUGAUAACAAUUCUAGUGAGAAAUAUCGAUAUUAUAAAAUAUCGCCUAAUCGAGAAACAGUUCCGUUUAUCCGAAUUUUUAUCACCUAGAGCUUCCUUUCCGCUUGUAGCGUUUGUCUGCGCCGGAUUUUUUAUUCAUAACUGGUUACUUCACUGCUCGCUAAUUUAUAUGUUAUCUGCAUUCCAAUCUCGUUGGAACGUACGGAGAAUUUCUUUUUUAAAAUUGGUCGCGCAUGUAAAAAGAGUGAGUCAUCUAGAUUUAGAACGAAUAAAACAGAGAAAGUGUGCGCGAUAAGCAAAUUGACGAGAGAAAGAUUUGCUGUGUGCGAUGUCUCUUCUCAUGAACCAACGUGCGGAAAUCGAAUCUCAGUGAUCUCAUGUGCGCGAUUGCCGAAAUGCUGAGCAAUACCGCGAGAUCUUCCUCGGCCAGGACUAUGAACGAACGCAUCAUCAUCAUCAUCUGGCACAGCUGACCAACGUUGAGCAAUGUAAGGAGCCCUUGCUUCCGGAGAAACAGAACUCCCACAGGAUGACACCGACUGAUGGCCGCUCGCGGACUGCUUCCGAGUCAAAGGAUACUACAACUAUCACCACUACUACUACCACCGCAAUCACCAAUGGACAGGCCACCGCGGCGAAUUCCACUACCGGUGGACACACCACUGAAGACUGCCUCGAGGUAACCAUCUUUGAUGAGGGCGUCGACGGUGGCCGACUACCGGACGUCGUCGCCGAGAGCAAGAUUUAUGGUGUGACCGAUGAAGAUGAGCCACUCGAGUCAUACCUGGCGAUCACCAUUCAAGUCUUUAUACCGUUUCUCAUCGCUGGUCUGGGCAUGGUAGGCGCUGGAUUAGUCCUCGAUCUCGUUCAACACUGGGUAGUCUUCGAGAAAGUCAAUGAGCUCAUGAUUUUGGUACCGGCACUUCUAGGGUUGAAGGGUAAUUUAGAAAUGACUCUAGCAUCUCGUCUUUCUACUCAAGCAAAUCUCGGACAUAUGGACAUGCCGAAAGAACAAUGGCACAUGAUCAUCGGAAAUCUCGUCUUAAUACAAUGUCAAGCGAUAGUUGUGGGCUUCUUGGGUUCCGUAGUGGCGAUCGUGAUGGGUGCCUUCCGUAAUGGUACGGUCUCUUUGGACCAUGCCUAUCUGUUGUGCGCCAGCAGUCUGGUUACCGCUUCCCUCGCUUCCUUCGUUUUGGGCCUUAUUACCGCGGGCGUCAUCGUCUUCUCUCGUCAUUGCCAUAUCAAUCCAGACAACGUAGCCACACCGAUAGCCGCCAGUCUCGGGGAUAUCACGUCGCUGGCGCUUCUCUCUUGGAUCGCCACCAUACUCUAUGAAUGCAUAGACAAACAGGACUGGGUGGCACCCCUCGUCAUAGCUUGUUAUGUUCUUGUGACGCCUCUCUGGGUGUGGAUCGCCAAGAAAAACAAAUACACCAACGAUGUGCUCUACUUUGGCUGGACGCCGGUCAUGGUGGCCAUGUUGAUCAGCAGUUGCGGCGGUCUCAUAUUGGAAUUUAUGGUGUCGCGCUUCGAGAACCUUACAGUAUUCCAGCCAGUCAUUAACGGCGUCGGUGGAAAUUUGGUAGCUGUUCAGGCUAGCAGAAUAUCAACAGCUCUUCAUAAACAGGCCGAACUUGGCACGCUUCUGAUUCCACCGGGCCACACACACCCUGUCAUCUUUAUUACUCCAAUUGCUAAUUUUUUUGGGAAAGGUAUGCACGCCAGAACUACAAGAGUCCUGAUGACGAUGGUAAUACCGGGACACAUUAUCUUCAUUUAUCUGAUCAAUUAUAUGAAAGACGGCAACACGUCGAUGACGCCGCUCUUCGUCUUUGUUUAUCUCUGCGCGGCGAUGCUGCAGGUUGCGGCGCUCCUUUACAUCGCCUACAUAAUGAUUCAUUGGAUGUGGAAACGCAAGAUAGAUCCUGACAAUUCAGCGAUCCCAUAUCUGACUGCAAUGGGUGACUUGCUUGGGAUCAGCCUGCUGGCGAUUGCCUUCCAAUUUCUCUACCUAGUCGGAGAUCAAGAUUUCGAUACGCCUUGACUAUAAAACUCGCAAAUUAUAGCGUUCUUCGACAACAGGCGGAACGCAUAACUUAGAACUGUCGGAUCGAAAGGGCAUUCCUAUGAGGCUGUGGUCGUCUGAAAGUAUUUACCAAAUCAUCAGUUACAAAUCCAAAUCAUCAGUUUGUCAGUCCGCUGAAAAAUUCCACGGAUGGACGGUCAUAACGGUACCACACUUGGCAAAACAUUAAUAAUUCACCACUUAUAUCCUGCACUAAGAAUUAAUUAAAUGACAAGAUAUUGUCGUUCGUACUUUGCGAAAAUCGCUCAAAUUAUUCUUGAUAGGCGCGAUUCUAUUGAUGCAAAUAUCUCAAUAAUUUAUGAUCUUUUUAUGAACGCAGGAUACAGGUGGUUGAUCGUUAGUACCUUGUCAAAUCGAGCAGUCAUGUACUCAGGUUUUAUUAGCUAUUAUGCUCAUUAGCUAAUAUAUCAGAAGAUGUGGAGUCGUGCGAUAGCACAUGGCAAAUUAAUUCGUCGCCUAGAAAGACGAAAUUACGAUUGUAUUUUCACAAAUACGGAACAAAUCUUAUCUUCGGAAUUCAAGUCUAAAGUUUAAAAAUUAAUUUCUUCAAGAAUGAGCAACAGAAGCAUAUAAUUAACAAUAUAUUACUAAGUAAAUGCAUGGCGAUUAUUUUUGCGGAUUUCUCGAUAAUAUAUAUUUGACGAAAUAUGUUUCGAGCGCAUAACUCAAAGCCUAAAAUUUGCUAGUCUCAAAAUUUAAUAAUGUCAAGAUUUUAGAAAAUAAUUUAUCAAUAUAUUAAGAAUUAGAAAACUGGCGAAACUGGAGAUUAUCGAUUAUCUUCCAUGGACAAUUAGAAUAAUUUAUGACGUUGCAUAUUAAAUUACAAUCGCGAAAAAUGCGAUAGCAAUUUAAUGUAGAGCUCCGUAGUUCUGUAGUUUGUUCAUCUUCAGGCUCAGCGAGAACUCUGAUUCUUCCACGGAGCACGCGUACAAAUAACACACGUGUAGUCGUACCAACGCGUAUGUGUCUUCGAAUAGUUGCCUUCGUAUACGACGAAAUUUAGAUAGAUAUUUAGAAGCUGCCACACGACCUAUUUUUGGAAGUUUUGGAGAAGCUCUUGGAGACUUACUCGAGCUUGAAAUAUUCAUCGCGUAAAAUCCUAUCUUGACUCUCGCGGUGCAUUUAAUCAGAAUUUUGUCUUCCUUACGCAAGUGACAAAUUCAAAAAUUUUUUAUCUUCUGAAUUAUUCAUUAAUGGUACACAGAACGUCUUUCGGUUCUGAAGAGAUAGAAUGCAUUAGCGGACUAAGAGUUAAACUAAGAGUUAAAAAUCGAGCCUAUGACGUGAGAUAUCGUGAGUACGAAAAGCAGCAGAAUCUCGUGUGACAGAAUGAUUUACUAGCAUUUACUAUCUAACACUUAGCGAAUAUUUUUCAAGCAAUUUCUGAAGAUUUUGCAGAGAAAAAUUGAAAUUGCACAAUAUAAACGUGAUGACUGCAGCUUGGUGUCUGUUGGUAUAUCAGUGCGCAGUUGUUAAAAGAUUAAUUUUAUUUAAAUAUCAAAAUAUCAAACCUUCUCGAGGUAGCAUUAUUCGAUUCGGAAAUUUACGCGAAAAGUACAAGGAUGAACCUUGGCGAAACUAUGCAUGGAGUAGCAUCGCUUUGAAAGGGGAAACAGCAUUUGAAAGCUGAAACGUGCAUUUACAAGUUGAGAUCGUCCCGUCGACGAUUAUCUCCAACAUUGUGUGAACGAUUUAAUUUGCAAUCUGACAUGAUUAUA